ACUAUAUUUCACCUAACAUUUAAAAUAUAUAUGCUAAAUAUUUAGAUUUAAAUAAAAUAUUAUGCAAUUGUGGCAUUUAACUUUAUCCUUUAUAAUAACAUGUUUUACAUAGGGCUAGCGUUUGCUGAUCUAGUAUUGAUCUAUUUAUCUAUCACAAAAACGGUACAAGGGAACCACCCAAAAAACGGUGUGUGUGCUCCAUCUUCUGGUAAUAAAUAUGUUUGUUCUCCCAUCAUGCAUCUGUUUCUAUGCUUGAACCUUUACCCGCCUUCAACUCUGAAAGAAGAAUGUUUAAGGAAGUACUUUUCUUAAAUUAAGUGACUCUAUUUGGCGCUGUUUAUUCAGUGGGAUUGUCAUGACUGUCUAAAUAGUAAACUGACAUCCAUUGUAAUUACAAUGUAAGUUAGUUAUUAAGUGAUAACGUAUACGUUGCUAUAGCUACACUGUAGCGUUGCGAUGGGUUGCGUUUCGUUUUUCAUCGUGUAUUCACACCGUGCUGUAAUAAUGUUAUCUUAAAGUGACCAAAGACACUGCAGAUAUGUCCGUAAUAAGUUUACAGGUGGGUCAGUGUGGGAAUCAGAUAGGACAAGAGCUGUUCAGUGUUAUAAAUGAUGACUGUAAUGGAGCAAACAGGAAGAAGUACCUCGAGUGCAGUUACGAGAGAUUUUUCUAUGAGAGCUCUACUGGAGAACUUGUGGCCCGGUCAGUGCUUGUUGACAUGGAGCCCAAGGUCAUCUCUCAAGCAAUAGCCAAAGCAUCUAAAUCUGGAAGAUGGAGGUAUGGAGACAAUGCAUAUUUCUCCCAGAAGCAGGGCUCUGGAAACAACUGGGCUAAUGGGUUCUCCGUACACGGGCCACGUCACAAAGAGGUUGUUGAGGAUCUGGUACGGAGAGAGGUAGAGCGCUGUGACCGGCUUGCAGGAAUUUUCACCAUGAUGAGUGUUGCGGGUGGCACCGGUUCUGGUGUGGGUACCUACAUCACUCAGUGUUUGAGGGAUAUAUACCCCCGAUCCUUCAUCUUAAAUCAGUUGGUGUGGCCUUAUGGAUCUGGUGAGGUCAUCGUGCAGAACUACAACUCUGUGCUUACUCUGUCCCAUCUCUACCAGCUCUCCGAUGCUAUUCUGGUUCACGAGAACGACGCGGUGCACAAAAUCUGCAGCCGACUGAUGAACAUCAAACACAUCUCAAUUAAUGACGUUAAUAAGGUGAUCGCUCACCAGCUAGGCAGCGUACUUCAGCCCGCAUAUACUGCUGAUUCAUCCGGCCAUUACUGCAGAAACCCAAUAGGGGAAUUGGUGAGCUCCGUCGUGUGUCAUCCUGAAUACAAACUGCUAAGCCUGUGCAACAUUCCUCAGAUGUCAAGCAGCUCUUUGGCCUAUAGUGUAUUUACCUGGCCUGGCCUUCUGAAACAUUUACGUCAAAUGCUCAUCGCCAGUGCUAGGAUGGAGGAAGGAAUGGAUUGGACUGUAAGUGUGCCCUCAGUAGUCACAUCUGGAGGAGAGAGCGCAACAAACAGCAGACAGAAAAGUUUUAACGUGUCACUUGCAAAUCUUCUCAUACUGCGGGGAAAGGAUGUCUCCACCACACAGACAGAUGGUUUUAAGGAUCCUGCAUUAUACGUGCCAUGGCUUAAAACGGAAACUAGUUUUAGCACAUGGAGCUCCCCUGUGCCCUUCAAUGGAUAUGAAAAAUCUGCCACUUUGGUCAGUAACAGCCAGUCACUUUUGAAACCUCUGGACAAUAUAGUCAGGAAGGCUUGGAACAUGUUCGCAUCGAGGGCUUAUGUUCACCAAUACACUAAGUACGGGAUAUCAGAGGAGGAUUUUCUCGACAGCUUCACUGCACUAGAACAGAUCAUCUCCAGCUACACACAUCUAUAAAUCAGCAGUGGCGGCCGGUGCCUGCCUACUCUUCUGAGGAGGCCAAAAAAACUAAAUAUGUGUUUGUUGGGUCACGGGAACCUAUCUGCAUCCCGUGUCAUGUCAAAAUACGUGCCUGCUGCAUACGCUUCAAAAGGGUUCAUGAUAAAAGAGACGCUCACGUCUUGCAAGACAGUUCACAUUAAUGUCCAGUUAAAUUUGGAGUGUGCAAAAUACAACAAGAGUGACACUUAAUAAAAUAACAAAAAGAGCCUUUGUUGAGGAAGUCAAAAAAAUUGGCAGCAAAUUAAAGUUUCUGAUAAAAGUUUUUGCUACAAAAAAAAGUGAAAAGGCAAUUGUGUCAUGCUUUGGCAAUGCGCAGCAAGCAAUAGCUAUUUUUCUGUCUAAGUUAGAGAUUCUCUAAAUGGGAUCAGCGGCGGACCCCCUGGUGGUCCUCAAUUCUUAGCCAGGAGGUCCAUGAAACAAUUUGUUAAAGUGUAUAUAUGUGCGUGUGUAUAUAUUUAUAUAUUUAUGUGUGUGUGUUAUAUUACUACACAAGUAUCUGGCAAACGCGAGCAUCUCUUAUCAUAAACCCUCACGUAUUUUGAUAUGACGUGCAAUGCACAUAUGUUCACAUGACGCAUGAAAUACAUGUUUUGCAAUGACGAUACACACACAGGAUGAUGUUUUGACAAGAUUCGCAUUCGUGUCUCCUUGGAAAAGAAGUCACGUGCCACCACUGUGAAUUAGACCUUUUUUACAUGGCCCUGGAAAAGGAUAUUUGUAAUUAUAUUUGUUUUAUAUGGACGUCUUAAAAAAAAAAAGUGAACGUCAAUUUAUUUCUGGUUCAUUUAAGCUGUUGUGAUCCACGUUUUAUUACUAAUAUUCAAUUUACUAAAACAACACUUAUUUAUUUGACCUGUUGCUAACACACUGUCAUUAUCAGCUUUUUAAGUACUUACACAUUUGUACCAAUUUCACAACCUAUAUAGAUAUAACUAUAUAAAUUCAAAGACCUGAUACAAGUCAGACACUUUAGAAUGUGAUGAUUUGGCCAACAAUACUUGGCUAGUGAUGAAAUUGACACUGUAUUAACACGUAGGCCUAUAUGUAUUUGAAGAAACAAUGUUGAAAUGAAUCCUUUGAGGAAUGUAGUUUUUUGUGU